AUGGGGGUGAGCGUGCAGAGUGCUGAGAGCGGGGGCGUGUGGGGGCUGAUUGCGGGGCCAGCAGCCGCAAGGGUCGCGGCGGACUUGGGCCGGCUGCCGCUGCAGCCUCCGCUGGUGGCGGACGCAACUGUGCUGCCCCAGGAGCAGGUGGAGGGCGGCCAGCUCAAGCUGAACACACAGCUGCUGCACAGGUUCCUGCCUCCAGUGGACGUUGAGAUCACCGUGGAGUUUGGUGGCACUGGCUCUGAGCGCAUCCUCGUCAUGAACAUUCGGUGUGUGGUGCCCGCCGGCGCCCUGAUGGUGGUCAACCACCGCGGCCGCAUUGCCUACGCCACCGCCGCCCUGGGGGCGCUGCUGGGCGUGCCCGCGAAGCAGCUGGCUGCGAUGGACCUUGCAACCAUCGUGCCGCCGCCCUACGCGCAGCUUCACGCCGGCUUCCUCAAGAGCCUCAGCGCCGUCCCGCCGGCGACCAGCUGCCGCGCCGGCGCGGUCGUGCACCUGCUGCGCUCCAACGGCGUCAAGGUCCCCGUGACGCUGCGCAUGACGACGCACGACGACGGGGAGCGCGUCCAGCACGUGGUCAAGGUGGUGCCCUCGUCGGAGGCAGAGCGGCUGGACCGGCAGCGCAUGGUGCUGGGCGUGGGGGAGGGCGGCGUCGUGGUGUCUGUCAACCCGGGCGCGUCCAAGGGGCUGUUCGGGUUCGCGCCGCAGGGCCGCCCCGUUUUGGGUCGCCGCCAUCAUCGGCCCGAGCUGGGCUCGCAGCUUCUCAGCCCCGAUGCCGCCCCUCCCAACAAGCCCCCGUCGCGCCGCGCCGCCGCGCCGUCCUCCGCCUGCUGCCUGCUUCAAAUUGCGCAGGGGCUGGUUGGCAAGCCUUUGUCGUCGUUCAUCAACGUGUUCAAGGAGGAGCAGCACCGCGACAGCGCGAAAGGGGAGGCGGGCCUGCUGGUUUCGCUGGGCAUGCGCGCGCUGGAGGGCGCCGGCGACGACGCGUGGCGCGUCGGAGUGAGGCAGCCAAAGGAGGAGGGCGAGGGCGGCGAGACCGCGGCGCAGUCGUCCGCGCUGGCCAUGGCGCUGCAGCAGCGCAACCGCGAGCGGCCCGCGCUGAUGAGCGUCUCGGUCAACGCCGAGGCAGAGGACGCCGACAGCGGCGCCGGCAGCGGCGCGGCCGCGCACCAGGCGGCUGGCGACGCGGCGCAGCAGGACGCUGCCGGGGCGGCGGCGCUCGAGGUGACGCUGUGGCGCGCGGACGCGGUGGCGGCGGUGGUGGAGGUGGAUUCGAAGCUCGAGAUCACGCGGGCCGACGCGGCGGCGGGGCUGCUGUUUGGGUUCAACCACCGGGCCAUGAUCAAGAAAGACUUCAAGAGGUUGGCGGGCCUGCCAGAGGGCACGCGCCCCUCAGACCUAAUGUCAGGCACCGCCUCCCCAGAGGGCAAGGGCCGCCACGGCAAAAAGGGCGGCAUGAAGGGCGGCGGCGCCCCCAAGACGGGCGUGCGCAUGGUGCUGAAGACGCGGCACGCGGACGGCUCCGAGCUGAAGCUGGAGAUGCAGGCGGUGACAAAGCCCGGCAGCGGCGACCACCUGGUGCUGCGCCUGCAGCCGCUCGACCCAUCCUGCGGCUCCCUCGAGCCCCUACUCGCUGCCCUGCAGCGCGGCGGCGCUGCCGGCGCUGCUGGCGCCGGCGCCGGGCUCGGCGCGGCGGUCGGCGCCAAGCUGCUUGCAGAUGCGGCAGGCAGCGGCUCGGAGGCCGGGGAGGAGGCUCGCGCCGAGGGCAGGCGCGGCAGCGGCGGCGGCGGCGGCGGGGGCGGCGCGCGGGGCUCGGCGGCGCUGGAUACGGCGGACGAGGGGUCUGACGACGGCUCCGGGGGCCCGCGCGGCGGCAAGCGCUCGCCGGUGAAGCCCAGGGCGCGCGUGGAGGAAUGGGUCGCGCAGCACAGCCGGGUCCCCAGCGCCGCCGGCAGCGAUGAGCAGGAGGAGGAAGAGCGGCGCCCUGCCCGCGGCCGCGGCCGCGGCGGGCGCCCGGCCGCGGGGUCCAAGAGCGGCAAGGGUGGCAAGGGCGGCAAGAGCGGCAAGGGCGGCCGCGGUUUUGGCGCGCACAGCGACGAUGAGGAGGAGGAGGAGGAAGAGGAGGAGGCACGCGCGUCGCCGGCGCGCCGCGGGUGCGCCGCGGCAGCAGCCGCGGCGGACAGCGACGACGACGCCGGCUCCGAGCGAUCCGGCGGCGGCGCCGGCGCCGGCGCCGCCGGCGCGCUCGCGCUGGUGGGCGCGAAGAGCGGGAUGUUUGAGGGCGGCGGUGCGUCCAUGGGCGGCGGGUCGAGCGCGUCCGGCUCUGAGGCGCAGGAUGCGGCGAGCAGCAUUGCAGGGGAUGGUGGGGAGGACGCUGACCUGGUUGCCGACUUCAGGUGA